UUUGAUGAUGCCUUUGAAGGUUUAUGCAGUCUUCAGGAUAUUGAAGUUGCAAAGCAUGUGGAACAACUUACUACAGAUGAAAUAGGUACAAACUUACAAACAUUAAAAGCAAAUCUUAAAAAGAGUAAAGCCCCCUACACCCAUCUUUUGCUAAGUUAUAUAAAGAAGACAAAAUCCUCAGAACUCUUGUGGUGGGAUCCUCUUGCAAGUCAAGUGCUUAGUAGUCACUCUGAAUUAAUUCGAAAAUUACCAGAAGCUGAGUAUAAUUCUUUUAUGGAACCAGCAAAGCGCAUGGAAGUACCCACUCCUCCUUUAGUCAAAGUCACAUGUGAUAACUUUGUUACAAAUUAUAAUAAUGAUGCUAUUGAGGAAUCAUCUUGUAAACUUUUUCAUGAAAAUUGGAUGGAGUCAGAAGAGGUACUUGGAAAGAUUACAACUGGAGUUAUUGAAGUUUUGGCAGAAUGCCAAAGCAUUGCUAGCAAAGAUCGAAGAGGGAAAAGGGAGAAAUGCCCAGAUAUUAUGUUCAUAGCAAAGCAUGAUGCGAGAAUCUAUGAAUUAAUUUUUGCCGAAUGUUCUUGCCUCGUCUGUGAUAAACAAAAAGAAGAUGAUGAUGAAGUGAAGCUGUGGAGAGAAAUUAACAAUGGCUCGUACUGGGCACAUAGGGGGUGUAAGAUAGAUGGUGACAAGUUUGGUGUAAUUGGCAUUCAGAUCAGUAGACAAUGUAUUACCUUUGUAAAAAAAAUUGAUAAAAUUAAAGAUGAUACCUCACAAACCCGGUUUAUUUAUAUUGUUACAUUUGCUAAAUCUGAAAAUCUGUUAGAAAAAGAGAUCAACAUAAUGGGGUGUAAAGUUCAUCGGAAUGCACCACCACGUGUUCCAUGCAAAGAGUGUGGCAAGUCAACUUAUUCUGAUUAUGGUUUUUGUGAUCCUCAUGCUAAAAAACACCGAAGAAUGGCAGAAUACUUCCGGAAAAAGCUUGAGAAGCUGGCUGAGAGUAUGCCUGAGAGUAUGCCUGAGGAAAAGGAAGCACUCAUUGAUAAUAAUGCCAAACUUCAUGCUAGUGUUAAAGAGUUAGAGAAUAAGUAUCUUGAUGAUCAUGAUAGAAUUUGUCGCCUAGAAGACAGUGUUGGUGAUCUAGAAAUUGCCACUGAAGAUAUAGGUUAUCAAAGUGAAGAGAACGAUGUUAGAAUUGCGAAAUUAGAACAGACUCAAAAAUCAUACAAUUAG